AUGGCUCUCUCAUCCCUCUUCGUCUCCCUCCCCCUCCCCAUCCCGAAGCCGCCAUCCACCUCCAAAUCAAGCCGCUUCCUCCCUAUCCGGGCCUCUGCCGCCGCCGCGACCGCCUCCCCAUCUUUUGACCUGCGCCGCUACUGGACCUCGCUGAUCUCGGAGGUCGAGGGCGAGCUCGAUGCCGCGAUGCCCAUCCGCCCGCCGGAGAGCAUCCACAACGCCAUGCGCCACGCCGUCCUCCCGGGCGCCGGGAAGGAGGGCGCCGCCAAGCGCGCGCCCCCGGUUCUCUGCGUCGCCGCCUGCGAGCUCCUCGGCGCGCCGCGCGCCGCGGCGCUCCCCACCGCCGCCGCGCUGGAGAUGCUCCACGCGGCGUCCCUCGUGCACGACGACCUGCCGUGCUUCGACGCCGCGCCCACCCGCCGAGGUCGCCCGUCCACCCACGCGGCCUACGGCACGGACAUGGCCGUCCUCGCAGGAGACGCGCUCUUCCCGCUCGCCUACACCCACGUCAUCUCCCGCACCCCCUCCCCCGACCCCGUGUCGCACGCCGUCCUCCUCCGCGUUCUCGCGGAACUCGCGCGCACUGUGGGAUCCACCGGCAUGGCCGCCGGCCAGUUCCUCGACCUCGCCGGUGCCAGCGCCCUCGGUGAAGCCGAGGUCAUGCAGGUCCUGACCAAGAAGUUCGGCGAGAUGGCGGAGUGCUCUGCCGCGUGCGGGGCUAUGCUAGGCGGCGCGGGCCCCGACGAGGAGGCCGCGUUGCGGCGAUACGGCCGCACCAUCGGCGUCCUGUACGAGCUCGUCGACGACAUGCGGAGCGCGUCGGGAAACGGCAAGAUGAGGAGCAACGCCAGCGUCCUGCGCUCUCUGGGCAUGGACCGUGCGCUGGGCAUCGUCGAGGAGCUCAAGGCGCAGGCCAAGACGGAGGCGGACAGGUUCGGUGAUAAGUAUGGCGACCGGGUGCUGCCUCUGUACAGCUUCGUGGACUACGCCGUGGAGAGGGGCUUUGAGCUCCAGGAUGCAGCCACCGCGAAGCUUUAA